UCGGAGCCGGUGCAGUGCAUUUCAGAGUUUUCAGUGAAUCCAUCAGAACCGAACACAAUUCCAUCGCAAGAAUCAGUCGUAUUCUAGAGGUCGUCGUAGUUGGUUCGAGAAGUCGUUGGCACAAACCAAAAAAAAAAAAGAAUCUAAAAAAGUAUCUUUUACGUUUGUAUGGUGUAUCUUUAAAGACGUAUUUUUGAGUUCAUCGUUAUUUUUUUAAUUUCUUUUGAUUUAAAAAACCAAAUUUCAAAAAAAAAAAAAAAACAAUGGAAACUACCACCGAAAUGCAAAUAUUGGAUACUGAUACAACAAUUUCCUUACAAUCGGCAGCAAAUUUGCUAUACGAUGUUGUCGAUGAUGACCAUCAAGGUGGCAAUCAAAUAACAUUUGAAAUUCCCUCCAAUGUUGAUUUGGAACGUAUUAAAAAUUUGGAUAAUUUUACAAAUCUUUUACAUCGUAUAAGUAAUAGUGUUUUAACAGCUAAUAGCAAUAAUGGUAAUAGUGUUACAAAUGGCAUUCAUUUGUCAAAUAAUAAUAUCGUAAAUGGUAUUGGCCAUGAUGCUGUAGCAAUUAGUUCAGAUGGUCAUGUGAUUACUAAAGACCAAAUAAGUGGAAGUGUUGUGUUAAAUUUGGCCGAUUUACAAAAUUCUGGUUCGUUUUUGGAUCGUUUCUUUAAUGGAGCCGAUAUGCAUUCGAUAAUAAAUUAUUUAUGGAUUGGUGUUGUUACAUCGUUGAUUAUAUUGUCGGUGAUAUUUAUAAUAUUCUCGUGUUAUUUCUAUCGGAAGUUUAGAGAAUGGAAAAAAUGCAAUAAGGACAUCCGAUCCCAUUUGAACGGUGACUUAUACCCAAACGGAACGACAUGUGGCACAGCUGGAGGUCAAUCUGAAGCUAGUUACUAUCAAAUGGAAUCGCCACCAUGCUAUACCAUUGCCACAGGAUUACCCAGUUACGAUGAGGCAUUACAUCAUCAGACACAUUUUGCAUUCGGAAUGAAGUUUCUUUAUCCUAUGUGUCCAGCUCCUAUGGUUCAAGUUGCAUCAUCUGCAUGGGAUAAGGCGGAACUUGGGGCUGUAGCAGCAUCAGUAAAAUCAGAAUCACCACUGCAACAUUCUCAAAGAUGGCAGAAUGUUGAUAGUGUUGCAGCAACAACAUUGUUACCAACAAGUCAUAUUAGAAGUAUUAAGGAAUCAAGUCGAAUGGAUGUUGCAGUAAUGUCGAGAAAUUUUUAUCAGUCCAAUUGCAGAAAUGAAGGAGAUGAGUGUGGGAGUGAAGUUGUUGUCAUCGAUGCGUGAUCUACAAAAUAGAAUGUUUUUUUUUUUAGUUAAAUUUCCUAAAAAUUAAAAUGUAUUGAAUUUUGUAUUUAUUUUUCAAAUCUGCUUGAUACUGCUCUAAAAAUUGCACGAAAUAAUCAUUAUCAGCUAAGAUAAUGUCAUUUUUUAAACUCUGUUGUUAAAUUUUUAUAAUUUUCUUCAACUUCUGCAUCAAUAAAAAAAUUUCCCUUCAAUUUUUACAAAUAUCCUAUAAAAUUUCCCUCCAAAUUUCCCAUAAAUAUUUUUUAUAUACAACUUGUUAUAAAUUUUUAAAAAUAUCUUGUCAAAUGUAUUGCUUUUAUAAAUUCCUUCUAAAAAGGGAAUGUUUUUAGAAGAAUUUCCCAUAAUUCUUGACAAUUUUUGAAAA